AUGGAACCUGUAGUUAACGUUAGACUGUCAGAAUUGACAGGGAGGGCUGAUAUCAAUGAUGAUUACACUGAUAUGCUCCUCAUUUUGAGAAAACCAGACAGAAACAUAAAGGAAAGGAACUUGAUAAAUGAUACUGUGAUAAACGUCCACAGUGGUGUUUUGAGAGUUGCCUCUGCGUUCUUCAUGCGCACAAUUGACCUGUUAGAGGAUAGAAGAAGGAACUCGAUAGAUGUAAAGGGUAAAUCAAAGAAUUUGCAUUAUGUACUGGACACAAACUAUCCAUUUGUCGUUCAAAGGAUCAUAUACUAUAUUUACAAAAAUGACUACCAAAAUAUGAGUGAAGAACCCAGACAUCUUGUUCCUCUCUAUAAGGAAUCUGUACGUUUUGAGCUUCAAGACUUGAAAAAUAGCGUUCUGCGUAUGAUUAGAUCGCAAGCUUCCCUUGAAGUUCUGACAAGUCUUGCAUCCGCCGCUGAGCUUGCUGGUGAAGUCGAACUCUCUUCAGAAUGCGGAAGGAUACUAGCUGACUCUGCAUUUGCAGUAUUUUCAGGAAAUUUGCAUGUGAAGAUGGGACUAAUGGCACUAAAGGCACUCUUACAAAGUGACAAUAUACAGCUUGAUGAAGUCCAGGUUUUUGCAGCCCUUUGCUACUAUCUUGAUAGUAAUCAGAACUUCCAUAGUCCCUACAGUAGCACAGAAAUCGGAAGUACAGAGAAGGAGCUGAUAAAGUCUAUAAGGUUCUGCUCAAUGUCUCCAAAGGCUAUAUCGGAAUUCCGCUGUGAUGCCAUAAAUUCAUUUCUACUAGAUGCCACACUCAGGAUGCUUCUAAAUACACAACUCAAGGAAAGAGUAUUUCCGUGGCAAGAGAACGAAGAGUAUAGAACCAUAAAUUACAACAGUUUGUAUCCUCUAAUGUUGGUGAGAGUUGGAAAAUAUAGUUUAAGCAAUCUUAACCACAAUGAAAGUAACUUACGAUUAGUUACUCCACAAGUGGAUACAGAAAGUCUAGAGAGUUAUCCAGCGUUCACGCAUGGUACAGAAAGAGAAUCUUCUGAAAUCUUUUGGGCAUUUGAAAUUUGUCGUACCAAAAACGGAGAUUUUGGAAUUGGAAUCGCAAUACGUUCUGAUGAUCCACUGGACGAAGCAUCCAGAUACACGUUUUCAUCAAUGAGCAAGAGCAAAAAAAUUGUAUUUUAUUAUGACUUUUCUGAGGGGAAAUUCAAGAGUGGAUAUAUAGACUCGGGAGCAAGGGAAAUGAAAUCGCCGUGGGCAUAUGAUUCCGCCAGUAACAACAAAUAUAAACCAAGCGUCAGAGAUGUCAUUGUCGUGCGAGUAAAUGUGGCUUAUAGCUACAUAAAUUUAGAGGUUUCAGUAAUUGGGGCAAACUUUAACGAAAAGUUUUCAAUUCCAAUGAAAACAAAGAGAUUUAUCGGAAAUUUAAUAAAGAGACCAAGCAUUUUUGCAUCUCCAUUUAUCCUAACAAAUGACAUUGGGGAUGCCCUUUGUAUCCCAGAACUGCGAGCUAACCUUGUAAUCGAUUGA